AUGCCAGUCUUUGACGAACACGUCAACGCAACCAGUGAGUGCUCAGUCGAACAGCAUGUCGUAGACGAGGUGACCAAUAUCAAUAGCCGGGACGACGAGGGCGAGCCGGAGGUUGAAGAUGAAGAUACGAGGCAUCUUACCACCCCGGUCCCGAAGGGCAUCCUGAGCGAGACACGAAGAGGCGCUGGGACCGGUGCAAGUCCGUGGAAGCAGGUGAAGUUCCAAAGCACCCUUCCUGAAGGUUUUCCGGAGCGUUUGACACAGCAAAGCAGGGGCUUUACGCAGCGUGGGGGUGAACUUGGUGGCCUCAACUUGCUAUUCCUGGUGCUUAUUUGCAUUUUUCUAGCGAGGGUCCUUACCACGGCGGUGAGCACCAUGCUGCUGGAGGAGCUAUAG